AUGGCGAUUAAUAUCGAACACCUUGAUCUUGAUGACCUGGACUGGGUUGAUGACCUGGACUGGGUGGCUGAUGGUUGUCCUGCUGAGGAUAUUCGGAAGAAACUCGAUGAGUUGUUUGCGUCAUGGGUCGGACACCUUGUGCGUGGUGAGCGGGCUCCUGCAAGGAGUCAUCAGCCCGCGGCAGGUGUUACGAACCUUAAUUGUGAGUUAGAUACCCGAAGGCGUAGACGAGCGCAAUACAGUGCAAUUCAACACUUGUAUGGCCGUAAACCAUCUGCGGCCGCGCAUAAGGUGCUGGACGGGUCCUGGGAGUGCAAUGACCCUUGUCCAAUGCCUACUCUAGAGGACUUCAGAAUGGCCUGGCAGCCUAUCUUUGAGACUCCAUCUAUCAAAGAUAACAGACGGCCGACAUGUGUUGGACAGGUGAAGUGGGAAAUUGUUAGUCCGGUUACACCUGGUCAGUCUGAACAGGUCUUAACCGAGGGUGCCUCUUCGGCGCCUGACCCGGAUGGGGUGAAGUUGAAGGAUGUCAUUGGACUCCGGAUUGGAGAGCUUUGUAGCCACUUUAAUCUGUGGCUACUUUGUGGAAGUCAGCCCAGCGCCAUGUGCGUGGGUCGUACGAUCUACAUCCCAAAGGGCUCAGAGUCUAGUAAUGCGCUGAAGUAUCGCCCAAUAACCAUUGCCUCUCAUAUCUUACGAGUCUUUCAUAAGAUCAUGGCUCGAAAUUUGAUGUGUUCCUGCCUCUGA